AAGGCCCGAUAAGCUGUGAGCCUACUAGUACCAGCUAAUCAGCCCUGCCCUGAGUAACUAGACCACGAUGAAGCUUCCAUCGUUUCCUUCCUCUCCUAAUUCCUUUGCUCGGGUACUCCCAUCUCCUAGCAUCCCUCUCUUCCUCCUACCCGUGCUCCUCGUCGCGGUCAUCUAUUUGGUCGUCUUCCCCAACGACUUCAAGAUCCAGGAGGUGAUGUUUGGGUCAUCGUGCAGCAACAGCGGCACCCUGGCGUCGGCCAAACUCGCGGGGGGCUACACUGCGGAGCCGCCCGUUGGCCUGCGCGUGUUACUCGGCGUGCUCACCCGCCCGGACACGUACGAGCGGCGCGCGCUCCUGCGGCUCGCCUACUCCCUCCAGCCGCCGCCCGUCGGCGCGGUCGUCGACGUCCGCUUCGUCUUCUGCAACCUCGACAAGGAGGAGGACCGCGUGCUGGUGGCGCUCGAGAUCAUCGCCUAUGGCGACAUCGUCGUGCUCAACUGCACGGAGAACAUGGACGGCGGCAAGACCUACGAGUAUUUCUCCACCAUCCCGCGGCUGUUCGCCGAGGAGCCCUACGACUACGUCGGCAAGACCGACGACGACACCUACUACCGCCUGGCCGCGCUCGCCGACACGCUGCGGACCAAGGCGCGGCGCGACAUGUACCACGGCUACCUGUCGCCAUGCCACUGGAUGCCCGAGAAGCAGUACAUGUCCGGCAUGGGGUACAUCGUGUCGUGGGACAUCGCGGAGUGGAUCUCGGCGACGGAGGAGCUGCGGAACGACCAUGACGGGCCGGAGGACCGCGUGUUCGGGGGGUGGCUGCGGAAGGGAGGCCGGUAUAAGAACGUGUACAACGAGGAGCCGAGGAUGUACGACUACUGGGACAGGGAGAUGCCGGACGAGGUAAUCUGCUUCCGGCACGAGCUCAUGGCGGACACGGUGGCGGUGCACAAGCUCAAGGACCGCCUCAGGUGGGCGCGCACUCUCAAGUUCUUCAACGCCACCCAGGGGCUCAAGCCUUCCAAGAUGUACCACGUAGACUUGCAUUCCAAUAUGUACGACCAUGUAGGAUUGUAAAUGUUGACCCUCGCUACUAGCUAUCUCCUGCAUGCGUGUCCUUGGCAGAGGCUGCACGUACGUAAUUGCUUGUAACCAUGGUAUGCAUCAGCCACUAC